AUGUUUCUAAUGACUUGCAGAUGGGACCCUGCAGGGCAAGGAGUCGGUAGUGAUCGCCAUUAAAUCUGAAGUAUGUGUACACUGUAAAUCAGAUCAGCAGAAGUGAACUAAAUGUUUUAAACAAAAAUAGAAAUUAUACUAUCAGAAUAGCUCUUCACUGUUUUCUUGGUCAGCAGUAGGCAGAUGCCUUCGAAUGUACAUCCCACAUUGCCUACACGUUUGAAAGCUGGGCAGUUCUGAUUCAUCUCAGUGGAAUCUUCUCAGUUCAGCAUCACUGGAUACCUAGAAACUGAAAGGUUUGCAUCUGCCUAACAGCUAUCUCUACAUUUCCUUCUGACUGAAUUCUUUUCUGUUUAGCACUUUGGAAGACUGCCUCAAUCAAUCCGGAGUUCAUUUUGUGAUGGGUUGCAUAAACAGCCUCUUGAUUAUUUUUCUGAGCACUGUGAUUGGUCAAAGUUUUGCCUGUUACUGUGAACAUUACCCUUGGGGACAGUGGUCUGGCUGUUCACGAUCCUGCAAUUAUGGAACUCAGACAAGAAGCAGGCAAAUAGUGUUUGAUGAGCACUAUAAGAAAAACUUUUGUGAUCGCCUUUGCACACUACAUGAGCAAAGGGCAUGCAAUCAACAAGCUUGCCCUAUUAACUGUCAGCUGGGAGACUUCGGCACAUGGACAGACUGUGACCCUUGCGUGCAGAAACAAUUUCGUACCAGGUCACUGAUUCGUGCAUCUCAGUUUGGAGGCCAAGCAUGCUCAAGCCCACUGGUGGAUUGGAGGAAGUGCUAUCCAUCCAAACUCUGUAAAAUAGAGGAAUUGGACUGCAAGAACAAAUUCCAAUGUGAUAAUGGACGCUGCAUCCCAAAGUCUUUGAAAUGUAAUAAUGAAAAUGAUUGUGGUGACAAUUCCGAUGAGAAUGACUGCAUAAGGAAGAGCCAAGUCUGUACUCGGAAAUUUGAAAGCAUUCCAAGUGCGCAGCUAAUGGGUGCUGGAUAUAAUCUGAUGGCUGGAAAGAUGCUUGGGGAAGUCCUUGAUACUACAUUCAAUGGCGGGAAGUGCAACAGGGUGAAAAGUAAUGAUACAUUGAAAACGUAUCGUAUACCUGACAUUUUGGAAAGUUUUAGUUUUGAGGUUCCUAGGCUUGCAGAAGAUGAAAAUAAUGAUGAUGAUAUAAAAUCAGAUGUUUAUAGCAGCUUGAUUGACUUGGCAGAUGGAAAGUCUGGUAGUGAUACAUCUUCUUCAUCUGGCCAUUCAAAGUUUUGGUUCCCCAUUUUCUUCUCAAGUAAAACGAGUAGUCGAAGAACAGGAGAAUCCCAGUUCAAAACAGCUGUUAAAGCUUCUCAAAAGAAGGAUUCCAAAUUCAUCAGGAUUCACAAAAUAAUUACUGUUUCCAAAUUUAAAAUGAAGUCAACAGACCUUCAUCUUUCCGAACCGUUCCUAAAAGCAAUUGACAAUCUACCAUUAGAAUACAACUAUGCACUGUAUAGCAGAAUAUUUGAUGACUUUGGGACUCAUUACCUGACUUCUGGCUCAAUGGGUGGAACAUAUGACCUUCUGUAUCAGUACAGUUCUGAAGAACUGAAAAAUUCUGGUCUCACCAACUGGGAAGCCAGUGAAUGUGUACGAACUGAGACUGUCAGACGAAUUUUGUUUUGGAAGAAGAGAACAGUGAGAACAAGAUGUGAAACAAAUAAACUUUCUGAGAAAUAUGAUGGUUCAUUUCUACAAUCUUCUGAGAGGUCCAUUUCCCUAGUAAAAGGUGGAAAAGCAGAACAGGCUGCAGCCCUUGCCUGGGAAAAGCAGGGGGCCUUUCCUAGUAAUAAAAUAUUUACAGAGUGGGUAGAAUCAGCCAAGGAUAAUCCAGUCGUGGUUGACUUUGAGCUUGCUCCCAUAGUAAAUCUAGUGAAGAAUGUCCAUUGUGCCGUUACUAAACGUCGAAAUCUUGAGAAAGCGAUCAUUGAAUACAUGGAAAAAUUUGAUCCCUGUCGAUGUUCUCCAUGUGCUAAUAAUGGGAGGGCAGUGCUAUCUGGAACAGAAUGUCUUUGUGUAUGCCAGGCUGGCACCUAUGGUGAUAACUGUGAGAGACGUGCUCCAGAUUACAAUUCAGUUGCUGUGGAUGGAUAUUGGAGCUGCUGGGGUCCAUGGAGCUCCUGUGACAGUUCCUAUACAAGAAAGAGAAGACGGGAAUGCAAUAAUCCUUCACCACUGAAUGGAGGAAAACCAUGUCAAGGGCUCCAGGAGGAAGUAAUGGACUGCUACUUCUCACUUUUCAAGGACGAGGGUGCUAUAUGUAUAAAUGAUGACGAGGCCAGAAAAGAAGUAGAUCCAAAGGGACAGCCUGAUGAGGAAUCUGGAUUAAGUGGAUGCCCUAAACCAGAUCCACCAGAAAAUGGAGUUCUAAGGAAUGAAAGAGCAAGAUAUUCAGUUGGAGACCAAGUUGAAAUUCUUUGCUUAAGUGAGUAUGAGCGUGUGGGGUAUCCCUUCUACAGAUGUCUACCAGAUGGCACAUGGAAGCAAGAGACACUACAGUGCAAAAAGAAGACUUGCCAAAGACCAGCUUUAUCUGCAGAUGUUUCUGUAACCCCAUAUAAAAUUGAAUAUGGAAUUGGAGAAACCAUGCGUCUCAGCUGCCCAGGUGGAAUGGCAGUCACUGGUUCAACAUCUUACACAUGUGGUAGUGAUUUAUCCUGGACUCCUCCUGUCAUGCGAGAAAUCUCCUGUGCAAGAGCUCUUCCUAGUCCAGAAGAAUCUGGCUGCAAAUUAGGAGAAAAGCGCGUUGGUGCAGAAUGUAUUUGCAUGUCUCCAGAAGAGGACUGUCGGACAUACUAUUCAGAAGAUCUGUGUGUGCUCGAUGAAGUUGCUGAAAAGUCUAUUAUUGUAUCUGCAUGUCAGUAUUUUGCAGAGAAAUGUCUGGGACAGAAGAAGCUACAUUUUCUAAGUGUAGGCACCUGCUCAAAUAUAGAUCUAGAGUGGGCCAUUCAGAGGGCUAAACUGUCUAAAACAAGCACUAUGUCAAAUGUCUGUGGAUAUGACCACUGUUAUGACUGGGAGAAAUGUUCAGGUGUGUUUAAAACAAAUCAGUAAGUUCAAAGCUUUUGC